AUCUUUUCCGCGUCGCUGUCUGCGUGUGUGGCCCAUUGCGCCUAGUGAUAUCAGAUCACUCUCGACUGCUUCUACAGAUUCGAAUAUAUUGUCGACUUCUGAAUGUCCUCCCGUGCGCUCCGCAAGCUGCAGAAGCAGCGCGAACAAGAGCUGCAGCUGGCACAACUCGAACAAGAGAAUGAUGACUCGAGCGAUGAAGAGCCAGUGGUCCGGUCGUCGAAGCCGAAGCUCAAUGCAUUCGACUUGCUGAAUUCAGUUGACGACGACGACGAAGAUGAGCAGGAGUCCGAGAUUGAAGCCGAAAUCGAGGAACCUGAGCCGGUGACUCAACCUAAGGAGGAGGUUCCUGCGCCUGCACCUGCAUCUAAGCCCGCAGCCCCGGGAAAGAAAAACAAAAAGAACAAGAAGAAGAAGAAGGCAGGGGCUAGAUCGGGUGCUGGUGCUGCUUCUCCCGAGGCUACAGGACUGGAUGAUAUCGACAAAGCGCUGAAAGACUUGGCCGUCAACCCUAAACACCCCGCACACUCUGGUGGUUCAGCCGCCGCAGAAGACCGCGAUGCUGGAUUCCCGAAAACACCGGAAGCACUUCUUGCCAUUGAUCCUAGAUGUCUAAAUGCGACGAACGAGAUGCGCAAAUUAUUUGGAAAUGUCGUGUUGGAAAACUUCGAUCAAGAUACUGGAUCGGGUCGCAGGAGAGAUAGAGGUCGGGAGACGCUUGAUUUAGGGCAGGCAUUGACAGGUCGGUAUAGUCCUGCCAGUAGGGGUCAGAGUCUGGCAGGCGUGACGCAGAGGCGGAAUGUUCUCAUGCAGGGCAGGGAUGAGUGGCCUCGGUCUCCCAGUGGUGGCCUUGGAAUGGAGCUGGUCGAAAAGCUCCAAAAUGGCUCCACUAUGUACAAGAUUGUGCACAAUUCUUCAUAUACGGACGUGCAGAGACAGUUCGAUAUGUGCGUGGAGUCAAUGGAUCCCCAAAGAAUGAUCCACCUCCUACAAUACAAUCCAUACCACAUCUCUACACUCCUACAGGUGUCUGAAAUAGCAAAGCAUCAGGGAGAUCAUGCGGUCUCGGCUGACCUACUCGAGCGCGCACUAUUCAAUAUCGGUCGUUCAGCCCAUUCGUCUUUCAGCAACCUCGUUAAGCAAGGCCAGGCAAAACUUGACUUUGUGCAUAUGGAAAACCGCGAGCUGUGGCUGGUUGGCUGGAGGUACAUUGCUAAUCUGGGUAUGAAGGGUACUUGGCGGACGGCGUAUGAGUGGGCGAAACUACUGUUGAGUCUCAAUGAGACUGACCCAUACUGCAUCCGGCUUCUUAUCGAUCACCUGGCCCUGCGAGGCCGAGAAUACGCCCAUUUCGUGGAUCUGUGCACACAGACACGUCUGAGCAAGGAGUGGGAGGCCCUUCCCAACAUCCAGUGCUCGCUCGCGCUGGCUUAUCUACGACUUAAUAAACCGAAGGAAUGCCGCGAGCAGCUGCGUCGAGCAAUGUCGCGCUACCCGUGGGUGUUCUGCAAGAUGGCGCAAGAGCUCGACAUCCAGCCCAUGCCCAAGAGGAUCUGGGGCAAGAUGCCACCCACGGACGCCCAUGAACUCUUUACCGAACUCUAUAUUAGCCGUGCCAAGGACCUCUGGAACACACCCGAAGCGGUUUCUCUGAUUGUAGAAGUGGCCGACACGCUUCCUGACGAAGAAGAGCCUGUUGAACCGCCAGAGAUCUCUCUGGAUAUCGCACGCCAUGUCGUACUGUCCGAUAUCCCUCGGGUCACGACGCACCUGCCCAACCGCUUCGUCACUGGACGCCUCUCCGCAUCCGAUCCCCUUCCCCCAUACGAGUCGGAGGCCUAUCGUCAGCAGUCCGACCCCACGCCAUCCUACUUGUCGCAGGUACCAGAUGUAGGGCGGCCACAAUGGCUGCGAGACCUGCUUGAUCAGCUGAACAACGGAGCUAUUCAUUUCCCUAGGUUCCAGCGUGAUGGAGAGGAAGUACACGAAGAUGACGUUCCAUCGGAGACCGAAGCUGAGGACACCCGUGCGCCGGCCCACCCCAGCGCCGAUCAGCAACCCGUUCUCGAACAGUGGCUGUUGAACGACGGGAUGCACACGCUGGAAGCAUUUCUCCAGCAGUACGGAGUUGAUCGGGGAAAUUGGGGUGAAGUGCUUGACUAUUCCCCACUGACGGAGUAUGUGGAUGGCUUGGAAUUGGUUCAGCCAGAGUCGGAGCGCGAGCGCUUGCUGCAUGGACCAAUUCGGGAGGCGAUGGGGGACAUGGUGGUGUCCAUGCUGGAGGACGAGCUCCAGCUACUUCAGUACGACGAGGAAGAAGCUUGAUACCCAGGGUGAAUAAUCGCGUGUAACCUAUACAACAUUUAGGAAAAGUAUUUGCUGCAUGGGCAUUCAGAUGGGCUUAGUAGACCGGUUAGAAUAUA